UUCUUGCCAGGACAUAUGGCACAAUACAAUCGGAAAAAUGGAGCUAGACCGUGUAGUAUUUUAUACGUAAGUAGUAAAACCUUAAAGUCACAUCUUAAGUGCACAGGAAGCCAGUGCAGGUGAGCCAGUAUAGGCGUAAUAUGAUCAAACUUUCUUGUUCUUGUCAAAAGUCUAGCUGCCGCAUUUUGUACCAACUGUAAUCUUUUAAUGCUAGACAUAGGGAGACCCGAAAAUAAUACGUUACAGUAAUCGAGACGAGACGUAACGAACGCAUGAAUAAUGAUCUCAGCGUCGCUAGUGGACAAAAUGGAACGAAUUUUAGCGAUAUUACGGAGAUGAAAGAAGGCCGUUUUAGUAACACUCUUAAUGUGUGACUCAAACGAGAGAGUUGGGUCGAGGAUAAUACCCAGAUUCUUUACCGAGUCGCCUUGUGUAAUUGUUUGGUUGUCAAAUGUUAAGGUGGUUUUAUUAAAUAAAUGUCGGUGUCUAGCAGGACCGAUAAUCAGCAUUUCCGUUUUCUUGCCGUUGAGUUGCAAAAAGUUAGCGGACAUCCAUUUGCGUAUGAUCUCGCCUAGCGGCAGCAUGUAAAUACUAAAGAGUGCAGGGCCAAGAACCGAACCCUGGGGAACUCCGCACGUUACCUUAACAUAGUCCGAGGUCACAUUGUUUUGGGAGACGCACUGCAUCCUGUCAGUAAGAUAAAAGUUAAACCAAGACGGGGAAGAAAGUGUUAGAAAUUAGUAAAAAUCUAGAAAUGAACACUUUUAAUUGUGUCAAUGAAGAAAAAUAUUUAUUUCAUUUUUAUGUUAACUUUAAAGUUUUUACUGGAUGCAGAUGUGCCCGAUUUAUGUGUAGUCUUGACAACCAUUCGUUUUGCUUAAUGAAUACUUUCUCUUUUCCAUUUCUUUUUCCAGGUCAAAUCACAACAGGUGAGUGACAAUUCACACUAUUCAAAAUAGUUUUUUAUGUCAAUGUCUUUUGCUAUGAUAUUGCAUAGCUUUUGUACACACUCAACAUUAGCACAUAACCUGGCUGCUUGACUUCAAACGGUCAGAGUUUUGUAUGGAGAGGACAACCCGUUGUUAAGCAAUCUCCUCAACGAUUGGUCCAAAAGCACUCAUGUGACCACAGGGCGCCAUGUUACGUAUCGGUUUGAAGCCGCACUUACUCAUGAUACAUUUAUUUGAAUUGAAGGGUGUUUGCCGUGUAAACAUGCCCUGUCAUUUCCCGCAACUAUCCACCCAUCCAUCCAUUUUCUACCGCUUGUCCCUUUCGGGGUUGCGGGGUGUGCUGGAGCCUAUCUCAGCUGCAUUCGGGUGGUAGGCAGGGUACCUAGAAAGGAAAAUAAUAUUGAUUGAUUGAAACUUUUAUUAGUAGAUUGCACAGUACAGUACAUAUUCCGUACAAUAGACCACUAAAUGGUAACACCCGAAUAAGUUUUUCAACUUGUUUAAGUCGGGGUCCACGUAAUCAAUUCAAGUUAAUAUAUGGGAAUUGAAGGUUUGCCAUGAAGGCUGGAGAGCCAGUAACAACUUGUGCGAGGUAAGCAAGCAUACAUACACAUGGGAAAUUUGUUAUAUCGCACUCUCAAUAAAUGUGAAUUACCACAUUUUCCGGACUAUAAACCAACGGGGAUAUAAGUCGCACCCAUUUUAGAAGAAAUAAAUAUUUUUCCAUAUAUUAGUCUCACAGCCACAGAUAUGUACUUUGUGAAUUUAGUUAUUUAUUAGUUACUUAUUAAUAAGUAAGUUGUUUAUUUACAUACCUUAAUUCAAGGGUGUCCAAACUAUGGCCCGCGAGACGUUGUGAGUUUAAUAAAGCAUCUGGCCGCAGGGAGAUUACUAUUCAAUUUUAAAAUCAAUUUAUCUACUUCCGCCUUAUCUCCAUUUUGUGGAAAAGAUGAGUAAUUUAGGCCUAUAACCAGUUAGCAUGCUUAGGAUAAAUUAGAAGUGAAGUGAAGUAUAUUUAUAUAGCGCUUUUCUCUAGUGACUCAAAGCGCUUUACAUAGUGAAACCCAAUAUCUAAGUUAAAUUUAAACCAGUGUGGGUGGCACUGGGAGCAGGUGGGUAAAGUGUCUUGCCCAAGGACACAACAGCAGUAACUAGGAUGGCGGAAGCGGGCAUCGAACCUGCAACCCUCAAGUUGCUGGCACGGCCGCUCUACCAACCGAGCUAUACCGCUAUAGAGCGCAUCACACACUUAUAUUACCCAAUGCAAACAACUUGCCCUAGUCAUGGUGCGAAAAAUAAAUAAAUAAUUAACCAACAAAAAAUACCAAAAGACAUGGUCACACAUAACACAAUAUAACACAUUAUGUGGAUACGAUUAAAAAACAAACAAAAAAAAAACGUCCAUGCACCAUAAACAAAUUCAGAAUGACACCCAUUUAAAUCCAUUACAAAGAAUGAUGGUUAAAAUGUAAAGCACUAUCUCCGCAAUUAUUAAUGUUUGGCGCAUUUCAGCUGCCUGGUAUUUUUGAUUUAAUACAAAACUUUAAGGAGGUUGUCACGGAAGUAAACAAAGUAGGAGUCCAACUUUUACAUUCUCCUAAUAUCCAAUUAUAUUAAUGAUUCAUUAUGUAUCUAUUAUAUUAAUAUAAAAUAUACACAUAUAUAUAUACAAUAUAUAUACAUAUAGUGACUUAGAUUGUGGAUGACAAAGAUUGUGGAUGACUAACAAGAGGGAUCUCUCUGAUCAUUUCAUUCUGCAAUUGAAUAAACGCGCUCAGGUGCUGAGAGCGACGCACAAAUUGAACCUUCUUGAAUGAUUUUCUACAGCCAGUCUAAUGUCAAAAAAUUGUCAUUCAUUCAAGUAUAAGAAUAAGAUUUUCAUUGUGUGUUUUAGUUAUUAAAUAAUCUGACAAAAUGCAUCCUAUUCAGACUCAAAGGUUUCAAACAGCAGCACAACAACCCCUCCAGCAAUCACCCCUUGGAUCUCCAAUAACGUGAACGUUACAAAAGACUCAAAGGUUUCAAACAGCAGCACAACAACCCCUCCAGCAAUCGUUCCUCCGAUCUCCAAUAACGUGAACGUUACAAACGCCUCUGCCCCAAUCCAGUGUUCCUACAGCGUUACACCGAUACCAUUUGGGUUCAGGUUCAACAUCUCUGCCCCUGGCGUGUAUAACAUUACUUUGAGCGAGGACGGCCAGACGCUGAUAAAACACUCUAACACCACAUCGUUUGACAUCACGAACCUGAAACCCUGCACGGAAUAUGAGCACAUCGUCAAUUAUCACAAUGACAAGAACAUAGUACAAGGAACUGGUUGUAACUUCACAAAUCCCACACCGAAGACCCGUACAAAGGAAAUGAGUCAAAAUGAAACCCACAUUGAAACCACCGAUGGCUGUCUUUCGGUGUAUUCUGAAUGGAAUAUCAGCACUUCACUCUCAGGCCCCAAGAAUUCUAGUGUUGAAUUGAAAGGAAAUAAAGUGUGCAUCAGGCCGGCCUUCAGUGACAUUUGCUCUGGACUCACAAUGCACUUCAACUUUGCAAGAAAUUGCACCCCCCUCGUUUUGACAACGUUCGUCAGUGCAGAGCAUUUCCCAAAGGAUAUAAAACAGAAUUAUACCAACACACUUCCUAUAAACAUCACAGCACAUUUACCCCCAAAAUGCACCAAUCACUCCACUGUUUACUCCUGUUUGGAUGCUUCCAACAAAAGCACAAUUGUGUCUGAUCUUGAACCCUUCACCGACUACACCUGUACUGGUGACAUCAUGGAGCACAAUGCCACCAGAGGAAAGCUACCGUCUCUCUCGGUCAGGAUUGACUGUGAUCUUAAUAUACAAAUGCAACCCCCCAACUUGACUAAUGAGUCCAUUGAAAUGAAAUGGACAACUAAAAGUGAAAAUUGUGAUGGUGUGGUUUCUGAAGGAACAAAGCUUUCAUAUGAGUGCACCUGUAACCCUAAAUCGGAAGCAAACAAGAAAUCUGGUUCAAGUAUGGCACGCAAACACCCAGGCCCUGUUGGCUGUAACGUUACUGGUCUAAGUGCAUUCACUAAUUAUAUUUGUACUAUCCAACCUACUUACAAUAACAAGGAUGUUGGCUUGCGAAAAACAGAGAUACUGCAUACUAGACCUGGAGUGCCAGAUGACAUCACCAACCUGAAAGCAUACCUUGGAGACAACAAUGUGAUUGAAGUGACCUGUGAUCACUCAAAACAGUUCAAUGGGCUGGAAACUGGCUUCAAUGCAGUUAUCCUGCAGGAUAGUGUCACUGUGGAAACACUUAACCAAAGUGGAACAUGUAAAUUCACAUUCACAGAUUUGAGCUACUCUACCACGUACAAAGUGGAGGUGUUUGCCUUCAACGAGUGUUGCAGGAGUAAGGAUGGAAGGCCGCAACAUGUUUCUACUUCUUACAAUGACAAAGCCCUCACUGGGUUUCUUAUCUUCCUCAUCAUUUUCACAUCAGUGGCGCUCCUUAUAGUUCUCUUCAAGAUCUACAUGGUGAAACGCCAAAGGUCCCAAGACAUGCAUGAAAACAUGCUUCUUAUCCCCAAUGCAAAAAACUUUUCGGUGGAACCAAUCGAAGCUGACACGUUGCUGGAAGCAUACAAAAGGAAACUGGCUGAUGAGGGACGCCUUUUUCUGGAUGAGUUUCAGAGCAUCCCCAGAAUUUUUCCGCGGUUGACAAUGAAAGAGGCCAAAAAACCCUGCAAUGCCCUGAAGAACCGUUACGUGGACAUCCUACCAUAUGAUCACAACCGAGUCCAGCUGCGUACAGGAAACGGCGAGGCCGGCUGUGACUACAUCAACGCCAGCUUCAUUGAUGGCUACAAUGAGUCAAAGAAAUACAUUGCAGCUCAAGGACCAAAGGAGGAAACGGUGUGUGACUUCUGGAGGAUGAUCUGGGAGCAGAAAUCGUCUAUCAUUGUCAUGGUAACACGCUGCGAAGAGGGAAACAAGGUCAAGUGCGUGCAAUACUGGCCUUCUCCUGACCGAGAGACAGAAAUCUACGAGGAGUUUGUUGUCAAGCUCCUUUCGGAGGAUUACUUCCCCGAUUAUAUCAUCCGCAAUCUUAGCCUGACUAAUAGGCGAGAGAAAAGCUUGGAGAGAGAGGUGACCCACAUCCAGUUCAUCAGUUGGCCCGAUCAUGGCGUUCCGGGGGAGCCCCACCUCCUCCUGAAGCUCCGACGGCAAGUUAACGCCUUUAAGGACUUUUUCAGCGGGCCCAUUGUUGUCCACUGCAGUGCUGGAGUGGGCAGGACGGGCACCUACAUCGGCAUUGAUGCCAUGAUGGAGUGUCUGGAGGCAGAAAGCAGAGUGGACAUCUAUAGAUUUGUUUUUAAUCUCCGCAAACAGAGAUGUCUCAUGGUUCAAGUGGAGGCCCAGUACAUCUUAAUACACCAGGCCCUACUGGAGCACAACCAGUUUGGAGAAACGGAGAUCUCGCUGUCGGAGCUUCACAGUACACUGAGCAUGCUCAAAGACAUCAGCUCUGCCAAUGAACCUACUUUACUGGAGGAAGAGUUUAAGAGACUUCCCACCUACACAAACUGGAGGACAUUCAACACAGGGAUCACAGAAGAAAACAAAGCCAAGAACCGCUGUUCGUCUAUCAUCCCCUACGACUACAACCGAGUGUUACUGAGUGUGGGUGAAGGGUCCAGCUGCAGUAGCACCCCUGAUGAAGACGAUGAGGAACAGCCAUCUGAUGAAGAGGAGGAGGAGAAGUCCACUGCAUACAUCAAUGCUUCCAACAUUCAUGGCUACUCGAACUCUUGCACCUUCAUUGCAGCACAGUCUCCUCUAGAUAGUACCAUGGCUGACUUCUGGUUGAUGGUUUACCAGAAGAAGGCUUCCACCAUCGUCAUGCUGGAGGCCAAUGGAGAAGAAAAAGAAUCCGCGUUUUGGGAGAGCAAGGAGGCGACCACUUAUGGGGAUAUUGAAGUGCAAGUGCAAGGAGUAGAUGAUAAUCCCAGCAUGAACAUCAUCCAUCGUAUCAUGUUGAUUCGUCACGUCAAGAGGAAAGAGAAACGGACGGUGAUGUACGUUCAGUUCCUGAAGUGGGGGAGCAGAGAGCUGCCGGAGAAACCUCAAGUUCUGACGGACAUGAUUAAGGAGGUCAAGCGUGGAAAGACGCAAGGAGGCGCUCCAGUUGUCGUCCAAUGCAGUGAUGGUUCGUCCCGUUGUGGUAUUUUCUGCGCACUGUGGAACCUUCUGGACAGUGCCGAGACGGAAAAGACGGUGGAUGUUUUCCAGGAGGCCAGAACUCUGCGUAAGGAGAGAAAGGGGAUGAUUGCAAAUCUGGACCAGUACCAGUUCUUGUAUGACGCACUGGAAGGAGUCUACCCUGUCAAGAACGGGGAGGUGAAACCCGUUCGAGCCUCUGAAGUGGACUCUGUCCUGUUGGUCAAUGAGACCCAAAGUGCAGAAGAGGCUGACGGCCCUACCUUGAUGGACCAGCAGGGAGAGGCAGAAAGCAGUGGAAAGUCUGGAGCUGAAACAGGGAUGGAGGAUGGAAAGAAGGCAGAAAAAGUAUCCGGCCACCCCACGGAGACAACACCUUAGGGGUCUGAGGAGCGGUCGCAGGUGUCGUUUUACUCGCAGCAAUAAGCGCUUCAAUUGGAUGCUUCCUUUUGGGACAGGUAUUGUGUUUUCAACUCUGUAAGUGUAAAAGAUUUGCAAAGCUUCAGUUUUUGAGCAUCUAUCCAAGUUAUGUGUUAGGGGUUCCAAAUGCUUCCUGGUGAAGUUUUAAUUACUUUGAAAAGCUUUUAUUAAGUUUUUGUAAGAGAAAAUGAUAGGACAUAGAACUAUAAUUACAAUCUUGCCUACAGUAUUGGAUGAAA